AUGCAAUUCUUGAUCGACACCGGAGCCGAUGUGUCUGUUGUCCCGAGAGGUUCCAGCUGCAGCAAUGUGAAGCACACAACGAUGAGAUUAUUCGCCGCCAAUGGUAUGCCAAUCCACGUCUAUGGUGAAGCCCUGCUGAAGGUGAAUCUCGGUCUGCGUCGCGAGUUUCUAUGGACGUUCCUGAUCGCCGACGUCACAACUGGAAUCAUCGGGGCUGAUUUCAUCUGUAAUUUCGACCUGCUGAUAGAUUUGAAACGGAAUCGCCUCAUCGAUAAUACGACUCGGCUCGAAUCACCAGGAUUUCUCGCCCAAACCUGUGAGUAUUCCAUCCGUACGUUCAGCUCAAUAUCGCCAUUCGCAGAAUUGUUGGCCGAAUAUCCGACGAUCACUCGGCUCGCACCAGCAGGCACGGUGAGCAAAUCGACAAUCGUCCACCGAAUCGAGACCACGGGCCAGCCAGUAUUCGCCAGGCCGAGAAGACUGUCGCCGGAUAAGCUGGAAGCAGCUCGCGCCGAGUUCGAACAUCUGAUGAAGCUCGGUAUUUGCAGACCAUCCAGCAGCAACUAG